AAAUUCAUAUAAUAUGAUCUCAAACAAAAUAAUUAUGUUUUUUGGUAUAAAACCGAAUAAACCGAAAACCGACGGUAUAUAAACCGAACCGAAGUAAAUAUGGAUUUAGAAUGGUAGUUAUAUUUUACUAACCGAAAUACCGAUAACCGAAAAUAACCGAACCGAAACCGAACCGAUAUCCGGAUUGAACACCCCUACUUUAACUACAAAGGUAUAAAGAUAUUAUUUAUUUUUAUUUACAUUCCUAUAGUUGGCGUGUGGUUAGCUCUUUGUUAAAACGUUUUUAUAUAUGUUUUAUUUGACUUUCAGGAGAGUGGAAAGUAACCAAUGCAUUUGAUUCUACAUUGGUGUUGAUCAAUCCAGAUAUCAAAGAAGCUAAAGCACUUAGACAGAAGUGAGUUAAUCCUAUUAUAAAAUUCAGUAUUUACUGCAUUACACCAUUUGAUUGUUGCUGUAUUUUCUUUUAGGUUUCAGGGUGAUGCUACCACCGUUGAAAUGUGUCAACAUAUAAAUGAGAAGAUUGUGAUCCAUGAGAAGCGCCAGAAAUGGUCGCAAUAUCCAUUCAGAACAAUUCAAGAGAUGAAAUACUGUGAUAAGGUUUGCUUGAUUAUGAAAUAUCAUUUAUUAUUUAUUAUCAAUUUUAUAACCUUAUUUUGUGUUGUUUGUAGGGUGGAAAUUACAGAGUUAUUUGUUCUGUUUAUGCUGUUGAUACCAUUAAUGGAUGGUAUUAUUAUGCUUGUGCUGACUGCCAAAAUAAGGUUAUCAAACCAACUAUUUUAUUUGAUGAACCAGAGGUGCCAAGCUGGUGGUGUGAAUUUUGUCAGCGUAUUGUUACAAAGGUUACACCAAGGUACAAGUUAGAAUUGCUUGUGCAGGAUCAGACCGGUGAGACAAAAUUCACUCUUCUAGACUCUGUUGCAACAUCUAUUGUGAAAAUUUCGGCAGCAAAAGUCGUGAAAGGCUUAUUGGAGAAGGUGAUAUAUUACUUUUUCUAGAAGCUACCUAAAAUGAAUAUUUAUUUUUUACUAUCUGGUAAUAAAAUUAGUGUAACUAUAUUUAACAAGUUGAAAUUCAAGCAAUGUUACCACCUGAGAUUGUGGAAAUCGUUGGUAAAUCUUAUGGAUUUGGCAUUUCAGUUGAUGAAAACAACAAUUCUUCUAGACUUGAAAAAAUCGAAGCCAUGAAAGUUUGGGGUCUCAAAGAUAUUUUGUGGAAAAGAACCAAGUCCCUGCACCAGAAUUCAACUACUUCAAGGAAGAAGCAAUGCACAAAUGUGUUUAAGAUUAACGAAAGUGGCUGAUUUGAUUCUGAAUUUUCAUAUCUUAUCUAGGUUUUGGUUUUUGCGUUUUACUUCAGCUUAUGUUUUUGCUUCUUUUAAUUUGUUUUUUUAAUUUCUUUUUUGUACCCUUUUAUUUUAUCUGGCAUCUCUGAAAUGAAUAAAAAUUCUGUUUUUUAAUUAUGUUAAUUAUAAAACAAUUACUUAUAUUUCGAUUGUGCCAAUGCAGUUUUUAGCAAUCAUCAAUCAGCAUUCAUUCCCAAUCUCCUAACUAUCCAUAAUAUUACCCAUUCCUAAUCGAUUUCUAAUAGUAUAGUUUGAUUUUCGUUUCAUACCUUUUUUGUUCGUAUCAUGUCUUGCUGCUCCUCUUUUAUAUUGAAGUUUAGCCAUACAUCCUAACUGUAAAAUCCAAAUAUGUGAUUAGCAGAUUAUAUUAUAUUCAAUAUUGUUAUAUGUAGAUUACAGAAGUGCGUAACAUAUAAUCCUACAUCCAUGAAUUGCCGAGCAUAAUAUUGAAUAUUGAUAAUAUUUUAAUUUCCCAUUUAAUGGUAAAUCUAAACAGCAUCUACACCGAAUCUAAACAACAAAAAAAACGCCAUAGCUAACCUAAUACUGUCGUGUUUCCUGUAUUGUUCAUUUUUCCAUUUAACAUGGAAGAAGAAAACACUCGAUUACAUAUAACAAUGGAAGGCAACAGUAUUGAUGAUUCUGAAAAAGCUAACGCAGUGCACACACCUACUGCUAUGUCUAAACUUCAAUCAUCUUCAGGCAGGGUCUUAAGGGAUUUGACUAACUUACCUAUGAAAAAGGAUUUGGGCGGGUCUCUGAAACGCUCUACAUCUAUCCCUCCUCCACAAGAUGUUCCCUGCAAAAGUAAGAACGAUAGUCAGUGUUCAUAUUGAAACAUCAUUUGAUCUCUGUUAUUUUUUUCCUUACAGAGAAAACAAAUACAUCUAAUGUUCCAGCUACAAAGAGAAUCAAUAAUCGCAACAAAGUGUUUAGUAAGAAUAGUUAUAUCAGAUAUACUAAAUCCAGUUUGUGAGACACAUUAUAUUUAUAUUAACAACAUAUUAUUAUUUAUGAUGUUUAGCAACCAACACACAAGCUGGAAUCGAAGUGGUGUCUACUUCUGGAUAUAACUCUAAUAAAAGAAAGAGAAAUCUGAAUGCUUAUUCUGGAACUGUGAAAGUUAACACAAGGAUGGACAUAUCUAGAACCACUAUACCAUUGACCUCAAUAUUUGGAAGGAUCUUAGGAGAUCUUCAAAACUUUUCUGGGAGUAAGGUUCAAAAUGUAUAUCAGUCAGCAGCUGGUCAUAUGUCGGAUCGAACAUAUAUGCACUGCGAAAGUAAGGGUUAUGAAAAAUUUAUACUUUUGGUUGUGUAUAUAUAAAUCAUAAUUUUCUGGUAUGUAAAAGAAUUGUCAAUUUUUUGUAUGCAGAUCAGCUAAAUACAACAAAAUAUCCACCUUCAAAGAGGAACAAAUUUUACCGAGAUUUGAGAGGUAUAUGUUGCUACUUUCAGUUAAUUUUUAGUUGGUUAACUUUUACAUAAUGAUUGAAUAAUAAAUAUGUCUUAUGGAAACCAGUGAAUGAUCAAAUAGCACAGAGAAAAACAGUGUUACAAUCUGGUACUAAGCAGCGCAACAGUGUGUUAAGAAAAGAUGAUGCCAGGUCUACUCCUAAACUAAUGCAGACGGUUGUAACUGGAAAUAAUAACUCCAAAGUAACAUAUCCAUCACAUGUUGGGUAUGCUUCAAAUGAUAACAGCUUCCCUGAAGGUAUAUAUCUCCACUCAAUCAUGUAUUAUAUGAACAAACAAUUAUUAUAUUUUUUUUUGAUUGAAAUUAUAUGUUGCAGUUCCAUCUGAAGGACGAGAUGAUCAAUUUUACGACUUAAGCAGUCAAGAAAGUGAUAAACUCGUGGAUAAUUCCGAACCAGUUAAAUGUUUAUAUAGAGAUGCUGUAUCAGAGAAAGCAAACAUUGAAUCUAUGAUGUCAAGGAUUAGAAAGAUCUGCGAAAGCAAGGGGAAAACCAAAAAAAACUCCGAAUUCACAACCUAUCACAAAAACAAUUGGUGAGAGUUAUAAUAUUAUGAUUAAUAAAGAGUUAAGUAUUACUGAUAUUGAACAUCCAUGUCUAUAUAUUGUGUAGAGUAUGUUGACGAGGGUAAUCCUACUUUCAAAUGUGACUAUUGUAAUGCCAAAAUGUGGUAUGGUGAGCGCCUUGAAAGGAAGAAAAGAACAAAGAAGAAGCCAGUUUUCUCUCUUUGUUGUGGCCAGGGACAAGUUAAGUUGCCUCUUUUAAAAGAAAGCCCCUUGCUUAUACAGAGACUAUUGUUCGGGGAUGAUGACAUGAGCAAGUAUUACCAAGAAAAUAUAAGAGCAAUUAAUAUGCUCUUUGCUUUUACUUCUCUUGGUGGAAAAGUUGAUCGCUCGAUGCCAAAAGGACAUGGACCUCAACCGUUUCAACUACAUGGGGAAAACAUGCACUUGAUGGGUAGUAUGAAACCAGAUGAAGGUGAUUCUGCAAAGUUUUCACAAUUGUACAUUGUUGACAAUGAAAGAGAGGUUGAUGAUAGAGAUUCUGUUAUGAGGUAUAACCCCUAUACCUUUAUUGAAAUAGUGAUUAUUUUAAUAAAAAGGUUUUAUUUGGUGAAUUAAUUUUACAAUUUAUGUUUACAGUAAGUACAAGAAAGCUGCAGACAAGGCAAAAAAGCAUAAUUUGAGGAAGAAAAUUAUCGAGCUUAUUAUAAAUAUGCUGGACGAUGUUAAUCCCUAUGUGAAGCAAUUUCGGUCUGCAAGGGAACGUUUUGGAAGUUCAGGAGCUGCAAAGUUCCAUAUGAGGAUUGUGAACAAUCGUGAAAAAGAUGGAAGGACAUAUGAUACUCCAACUGCGUCAGAGGUAGCUGGUUUGAUCCCUGGUGACUUUAAUUUAGAGAUGGACAAGCGUGAUAUUGUUUUGCAAGAGAAACAAACAGGUUGGCUUAAGAGAAUAAGUGAGAUACAUCCGUCUUAUCUCGCACUUCAGUGUCCGCCCAUUUUUACUUAUGGCGAAGAUGGUUUCAGACUGGGAAUAAAAAAGAGAGCCACACCAGCUACAGAGAAGCUAAAGAGGGAUCACAUUAGUAUGAGACAGUGGUUUUGCUAUCGACUGUUUGAAAGAGAUGGAGAGUGUCAAACGCUGCUGCAUUCAAAAAGAUUGUUCCAGCAAUUUUUGGUUGAUGCAUUCACUACCAUUGAGACUAACAGAUUAAGUUAUUUGAGGCAAAAUCAAGUAUGUUUGAGGUCUGACGGCUAUGACUCAAUCAAGCAGGCUGAGAACCAAGGCAGAACAGAUAUGAGUCAACAAGGAAACCGAUUUAUUCUGCCAGCUUCCUUUACCGGAGGACCAAGGUACAUGAAAAAUAACUAUCUGGAUGCAAUGGCCAUUUGUAGACAUUUUGGUUUUCCAGAUCUUUUCAUCACAUUUACAUGCAAUCCAAAAUGGCCGGAGAUUACUAGAUAUUUGUCUGAACGGAAAUUGAAGUCAGAGGAUAGACCAGAAAUUGCUUGCCGAAUAUUCAAAAUGAAGUUAGAUUCUCUAAUGGAGGAUUUAACCGAUAAUGAGAUCUUGGAAAAAACUGUUGCAUGUAAGUUUUUUUUACAUCAAUCAUGUUUCAUUUUAACACUUUUAAGUAAUAUACUGAAGAUUUUAUUUAUCUUAUUAUGCAGCUAUGUAUACUGUUGAGUUCCAAAAGCGUGGUCUACCGCAUGCUCAUAUAUUGUUAUUCAUGCAUCCCAGUUCUAAAUUCCCUACGACUGACCACAUUGACAAGAUAAUUUCAGCAGAUAUUCCAGACAAAUCCAAAGAGCCAGCGCUUUAUGAAGUGGUGAAAGACACGAUGAUUCAUGGUCCUUGUGGAAUUGUUAAUCCGAAUUCACCGUGUAUGGAGAAUGGCAAGUGUUCUAAGGUGUUUCCGAAAGCGCAUGUAGACAGAACGACAGUAAACAAAGAAGGGUUCCCAGUUUAUAUGAGACGGGAUAAUGAUCGUUUUGUUGAUAAAAAUGGUUUCAAGUGCGACAACAGAUAUGUGAUACCCUGUUAUUCACAUUGCAUCGAGGGCUGAAAUAGUUUUAGAGUCUCUAAAUUCAUCAUAUCUCUGGAAACACUGCAAGGUGCUGAAACUAACAAAGAAUAUGAGGCUGCUAUCCACUGAUAUGACUACCGAAGAGUUAAGAGAAUUGGAACUGUUUUCUCAAUGGAUUUUGGAUGUGGGAGAUGGAUUAGCUGGUGAACCUAACGAUGGUGAUGCACUAAUCACUAUUCCAGAUGAGUUUCUUAUUAAAGAUUCAGAUGAUCCAAUAGCAUCAAUAAGCAAAGAAAUAUAUGGAGAUGCAACAACUCUACAACAGAACAAAGACCCCAAAUUUUUUCAAGAAAGAGCUAUUUUAUGCCCUACAAAUGAGGAUGUGAACCAGAUCAACCAGCAUAUGUUAGACGAACUUGAAGGUACCUAAAUUAUUCUAUUUUUUAAAUCGAGAGAUUUUGUAGGUUGUUUGUUAUGAUUAACUAAAUUGUUGUCUGUAUUGCAGGAGAUGAAAGAAUUUAUUUAAGCUCGGACAGCAUU